AUGAGUAACCCCUUUUAGAUUGUUCCAUCUGAUACUUUUUUGAAUAUACUUAACCAAAAUAACUACUCGGUAGUGGAUAUGGAUGAAGAUUAUAGAGCCGAAUAGGAUUGGAUGUUUGAAAACGAUUGCAAUGUUAUGGAAGAAUAGAUAUUGCAAUAGGAGCCUCUAAUGCCAGAACGAUCAAAGGCAUUAAUUGGAGGAGAAUUAUUGCAGAAAUAUAAAAAAAAUAAGGAUGAUGAACUCUUGAAAAAAAAUAAAGAGGUUUUUCAAGCGAAUCAAUCUAAAAGCAUUUACCUGAACAAAAUUCAAUAAUUAAUAGAUAAACCCACAAUGGUUGGCAAGCCAAAGCAAACUCGUUAAAAAGUGAUUGUUGAUAGUGACUCAUCAGAUGGAAAGAAUAGAUUGGCUAAGAACAGAGAAUCUGCUCGAAAUUCGAGGAAGAGGAAAAAGGUCUAUAUAGAAUUAUUGGAAAUCAAGGUGAAGGAAUUAACAGAGCAAUUGCAAUAAUUAGAAUAUGUAGUUUAAUAAAACAAAAUUAAACAUCUUUAACUUGAGAACUUUAUCGAAGAUUAUCACAGAUCAAUUGCGCAACUAAAUGACACAACAUCUAUUCAAUUGUUGCAUGAGAACUUUGGUGCGACAUCUCAGAGAAGAUGGAUGGUAUGCACUGAACUCAUUAAUCUAUUAAUUGAGACAACUAUCCCAAUUGAAGUCAAGAAAUUGAUGGAGUCUGCGAAAAAGGGCACUGAUAUGUUCAUUCAACCAUUGCUUCAACAUAAUCCAUGUUUAAAUUAUCGAGAUUAUUUUAAAUAAGGGACAAUAGAUUUAGAAAUAGCAACAAAAAAUUUUGGUUUGGCUUAUGAUAAAAUAAGAGAGCAAGUUUUUGCUUUGGAGAGGUUUAAAUAAGAUAUCAUUUAAAAAUUAGGAGCACAUUCUUAUAUCGAGUACUUAAAUUCAUAACAAUUGUGA